CUUAAUCUCUUUACACCGGCCGAAAGCAAAUGUGCGGCCUCCGGGCAUCUGGGCCUAGACGCCGAGCGGCCGCACAUUUGCGUUCUAUUAAAAAAGAACAUAUGUGCUGAGAGCGCGUCCUGCACGCUCCCAGCACGCAUGUCCAUUACUCACAGAAAGGUCCUAAUCUCCUCUUUCGAUCAGGACCUUUUCCGAUCAUGUGACCGCCGUGACGGCGUCACAUGACCCUAAACCCCGCCUCCCGGCUUCUGAAACCCUUAAAGGGCCGGGAAGCGCUAGCAUGAAGGGGUUAA